GAAACCAGAAACAGAACAGCAGAAAAUGUUGGAAAAGCUCAGCAGGUCAGGCCACACCCACAGGGUGAGAAGAGUUAAAAUAUAAGGGCAGACACUCAUGGUCAGUUGUAUGGAAGAAGCCAUGGAAUGUGUAUUGAUGAAGGGAACUCUGGUCUAACACCCAUAGGACAAAGUCAGAACCUGGUCUAACAUUUAGAGAUGGUGGGACACAACAAAUCGGAGAAUCUCAAGCAGGAUCAGGGGAUGGGAUAUUUGGUUCAAGGAAGGCAGGAGGAGAAUCCAUAGGAACAAAGCAAGUUGAUAAAAUGCUUUGGAGUAAGACUGUAAGACCGUAAGCCAUUGGAGCAGAAUUAAGCCACUCAGCCCAUUGAGUCCGCUCUGCCAUUCCAUCAUGGCUGGUCCAUCAUUCCUCUCAACCCCACAUUCUCCUGCCUUCACCCCGUAACCUUUGACAUUCUGACUAAGCAAGAACCUAUCAACCUCUGCUUUAAAUAUACUCAGACUUGGCCUCCACAGCUAUCCACCACAAUGAAUUCUACCAAACUUACUCCCAUGCUAAAUGCACAUUUCUCUAUUCAGAGGCUGUGCUCUCUGGUCCUAGACUGAUAGGAAACACCCUCUCCACAUCCAAUGUAUUUAGGCCUUUCAAUAGUCAAUUAGCUUCAAAAAGUUUUCCCCUACACACACACUAUUCUUCUAACCUCCAGCGAAUACAGGCCCAGAGCCAUCAAGAAUGAUGUUAACCCUUUCACUCCCAGAGUCAUCCUCAUGAACCUCCUCUGGACCCUCUUCAACAUGCCAGUAUAUCUUUUAUUUAUUUAUUUCUGUAUUGAGGUACAGGCCCUUCAAACCACACCACCCAGCAAUCCCCGACUUAGCCUAAUCAUGGGAUAAUUCACAAUGACCAAUUAACCCACCAACCGGUAUGUCUUUGGAGUGUGGGAGGAAACCGGAGCACCCGGAGGAAACCCACACAGUCACGGGGAGAAAGUACAAUCUCCUUACAGACAGCGGAGGGAAGAUAAGGGCCCGGAACUGCUCACAAUACAGUACUCCCAAGUGCAGUCAGACCACUGCCUUAUAAAGUCCCAGCUUUGCACCUUUGCCUGUAUACUCUGGUCCUCGGGAAAUGAUUGCUAACAAUCCCCUUGCCUUUCUUCCCUGCACAAGGUGUCUCAAGUCCCUUAGCACCUCAGAUUUUCAAAUUUUCUCCCCGUUUAGAAAAUCAGGGGAAGCAGAGCAAAGGAGAAUGGUUUAAUUGCUUUUCUGCACAUAGACCAAAACAAUCUGACAAAACAGCUUGGAUUAAACCAUCAAAUGGAACAAUUUGCCAGUUCAAUUUUCUACAGGAGGAACCUGUUGCAAUCAAAGUCAUAAAUCUUGAGGUCGAUCCUAAUUAGUCCUAUGGGUGUCACAGUCUUAUACUUAAAUGUUAAAUCUGAAUACCGUUAUCUGUACAACUUUAAUCUUAAACAGUGACCAGUGAGAUUAAACGAAAACAAUUAGCUGACAAGCGAGCACACUUAUCAUUCUAUUCGAUGGACUUGGAAUUAGUUACCUCGAGUGUAUAAACUCUGACAAAUACACAUAUAUAACUUAAUCCUGAAACAUUUUGUGUGCGUUACCCUUGAUUUUGUUGCAUACGGUUCAAACGAUCGCUUUUAAACGGAGCCUGACCAUCUGAAAGCAUUAGCCGGAGUUACUUGUAAUAUCGAUCAAUCUUUUUUUUCAAAUGGAGUUCUGUGGCUCCGCAAAUACAAUUGUAUGAAUUAUGUAGAAAGCAAUCAUAGUGCAGCGAGUGGGGAGGAGGAGGAUGUGUGAUACAGAGCCUGACUCGGAAAGAAGCACGCUUUAAAUGCAAGUAUUCCCCAAGGUCUGGCAGCGGAGGGAACGGGCAGGUUGCAGACCGCCUCGUCUGCCUGUCGGGCAAAGGCAUUCACAGGCAGGUAGGGAAGAGGGACACGUGGAGUCGAUUCCAUUCACUCGUCAGCGCAGGAUCCGAUUAUUUUCCUCCCUAAUUGUCUUAGAGGUUCGUGGAAUUCCGCAAGUGGAGAGGGGACAGAGGAGUCCGCGUUGCAGCUUCGGAGAGAUUGGAGCGCUAUUUCUGACCAGCCCACCACAUCUGCAUGGGUUCGUCUGGUGCGAGGGAGCCCAGUGUGUCCACGCAGAGGGUGGCACUGUCAGACUGAGGAGAACGGCGGCUCGUGGCAAGGCGGGAAUCUUCACCCUUUACCUCGCCGUCCACUUUCUUGUCCCCACCCCGACCAUUUCAAUGACCCGCGUGUUUGUUUAAUCCCUCCGUUUCCUCCCUUCCCGAGGAUGAGACUGUAAGACCUGCGCAGCGAGCGAGCAGCGAUGGCCGUAAACACGGACGCGGAGUUUGAGAAGAACUUGGGUGAAUCUGGGGACUCGGCUCUACCGAAGGAUCACCAGGAGAUGGAGAAGCUUCUGUUGAGCACGUCGCAGGCAAGCCUGGGGAAUGGCAUCAAGAACUCCAGGUCGUUCACUGUUAGCCUGCCGAACGCCAAGGAGCUGGAGGCCGAGCCCAAUGGCCACAACAUGAAGUACAUGUCCUCGGAGUCAAUGUCUAAAAUUGGCGCCACACCCACUUCGCCGUCCCGGGUGAGCGUGGGAAGGGCAUCGUCCACGGGCACAGGUAGUGCCCGGGAGCAGGCCCGGCCCAGGGAUUACCUGAUCCUGGCCAUCCUCAGCUGCUUCUGCCCGAUGUGGCCCAUCAACAUCGUGGCGCUCGUCUACUCCAUCAUGUCCAGAAACAGCUUACAACAAGGGGACACGGAUGGAGCCAGGAGACUGGGACAUCUUGCCAGAUUACUAAGCGUUAUAGCAAUAGUCCUGGGGACGCUCAUCAUAAUCACUUACUGUGUGGUCAACUAUGCAGUUGGCAUGUAGAAAACCUGCAAAACCACAAGAGCAUCUGGGAUUAUUCCUUUAUGGACUUAGUGAGGUGGAGUCCAUCUCUUUAAGGAAAAAUCCAGUUUACCAAUUCCAGAACAAGAUGGAGGGUCUUCACCAGGAGCCACCAAGCUGUCCCAAUUUAGCUCAAAUAUGCAUCACUUUCACCUCAGCACAGUGAGAGCUGGAAACUCUUAAGUUGCCAUCCGACAACAGAUUUCAAAGCUAAUCAGCCAAUUCCACUUAGGUACUUGAAAAGAGGAGAGCUCUGUGGGAUCCUUGUCAGGAAUGGCACAUGUGCAUGCGCCGGAAUGGAGAGAAACUUCUCACCUGUUUAGAGAAUAUGAUUAUAAACCCUUUUCCAUGCUAACACACAAAAACUCGCCUAAAUGCGCACUGUGAUCUUGGUCCUAUGUAGAAAUCAAUGGGACUUCAAAGCCAAAAUUUGCCAGUAUAACUUGCACUGGAAAAGAGGUGGAUGAAAAGAAGCUGAGAAUGAAGAACUUGAGAAUGGAACCAACAUUUAUACACUUGGUUACUUAGAUGGCAGCAGUAGUUUUGGUAAAUUGCAGGAUUUUGUACUUUUGAUGAAAAAAAUUACUACUUGCAUGUGAAAAGUGAACAUAUUAUGGUUAACUAAAGAGAAUGAGAUAUCUGUGGGUGUGGACUUACUAGUCAUGAUGUUUGAUGUUGUAUUCUCCUUGUUUCUGUGGCUAUAUUCACCAAAUGAAUGAGUGUUGUUUAAAUAUUUCCGCACUUUAUAAUUUGCUUUUUGAUUGUCGCAAGAUGAUU